AAGAAGAGGAAGAAGAGGAAGAGUAGGAAGAGUGUGGUUGAGGUUGUUGGUGUUUGUGCUGCAAACCGAGAGGAAGGAACCAUGGCUGCACUUUUCAAAGCACGGAGAGUGAUCGGCUUGUGUCUCAGUGGACAGAGGAGAAUGUCUCAGCUGGCAGAGUUACCGGAGACACAUCAGUUACUGAGACAGACGUGCAGAGACUACGCUGACAGAGAACUGUUGCCCAUCGCUGCCAGACUGGACAAAGAGCACAGUUACCCAGUCAAACAGAUCCAAGAGCUGGGGGCGAUGGGAGUGAUGGCCAUGGAGGUGCCAGAGGAGUUGGGUGGUGCUGGGAUGGACUACCUGGCGUACAGUCUGGCUAUGGAGGAGAUCAGCAGGGGCUGUGCCAACACGGGAGUCAUAGUCUCUGUGAACAAUUCUCUCUACAUCGGACCAAUUCUAAAGUUUGGUUCUGAAGAACAGAAGAGACAGUGGAUCACACCGUUCACCACCGGAGAGAAGGUGGGCUGUUUCGCCCUCAGUGAGCCAGGUAACGGCAGUGACGCAGGAGCAGCCUCCACAAUGGCUCAUCAGGAGGGAGACGAGUGGGUGCUGAACGGAACCAAAGCCUGGAUCACCAACAGCUGGGAGGCCUCUGCCACCGUUGUGUUUGCCACCACGGACAAGAAACUGAAACACAAGGGUAUCAGUGCCUUCCUGGUCCCCAUGCCACACCCAGGCCUCACACUGGGGAAGAAGGAAGAUAAGUUGGGCAUCAGAGCCUCGUCCACUGCCAACAUCAUCCUGGAGGACUGCAGGAUACCAAAGGGCAACCUGUUGGGUCCUCGUGGAGCAGGUUUUAAGAUUGCCAUGCAAACUCUGGACAGCGGACGCAUCGGUAUUGCAGCUCAGGCUCUUGGUAUCGCUCAGGCUUCUCUGGACUGUGCUGCGGACUAUGCACAGAAGAGAACCGCGUUCGGAACCCCCAUCGGCAAACUGCAGGCCAUACAGUUUAAACUGGCUGACAUGGCUGUUGCAGUGGAGAGUGCUCGUCUGCUCACCUGGAAGGCUGCGCUUCUUAAAGAUUCAAAUAAAUCCUACACUAAGGAAGCAGCCAUGGCUAAACUGGCAGCAUCUGAAGCCGCCACCUUCUGCUCUCAUCAGGCGAUCCAGGUUCUGGGCGGCAUGGGCUACGUGACGGACAUGCCGGCCGAGCGGCACUACAGAGACGCGCGCAUCACCGAGAUCUACGAGGGCACCAGCGAGAUCCAGAGACUGGUCGUAGGCAGCCACGUACUGAAGGAAUACCAGCUGUAAACGCAACUGUCAGGAAGACAGGUCAGGACGUCAGUCCACACACAUGAAGACGCCAGAGUGUGAGAUAUUAUGUUCAAGUAAUAUACUGUAAUUAUCUUGUUAUUCCAAGGUUAGAGAUGACACUUUAGGACUUGAUAGAAGAUUGAGAUGAUUUUACCUGACCUUCCUUACCUCACUGAAGGUGCAAGGACAUACUGUAUAUAUGCACACGUGUGUGUGUGUGUGUGUGUGAGUGCUGCCUUCCAGGAGACAUCAGAGUUUAAAUGGUCAGUAUAUAAGAAAACACCAGUUUCCUACUGUGAUAUUGAGCCAGAGUAGAAUCUGUUUUUACACGUGAGAAAUCAACCUCUGCCUUUUAAAGGUCCAGUGUGUAACACGGGGGCCACACGGUUGGUGCAGUGGUUAGCACUCUUGCCUUUGCUGCAAGGAGACUCCAGUUUGAGCCCACCGAACAAGGGCCUUUCUGCAUGGAGGUCACAUGUUCUCCCUGUGUGUGUGUGCGUGACACGGCGCGACCCUCCUGAGGAUACAGCGGUAGAAAAUGGAUGGAUAAAUAUAGAGGGACAGCGGCCUCUUAUCUCAGCCUUAUUCUAACUCUUUUUUCCUUUGUUUGAAAGCAAUAACACACUGAUCGAAACAUAUUUAUGGCUAUAGUAUGUUCAAAUUCUGCCUUUAAACCCUCCUAAAUGUUGCACACUGGAUCUUAAAUAGGAUAUUUCACGUUUUUUUGUGUGCGUGUGUGACGUCACCAUGUGUGCCUCCAGUGUGCUCACACACACACAUACUCACACUGGCUCUCUUUGUCACCAACCAACCCAGAAUGUUAGAGUCUGUUUUCCAUCUAAUCAGGGCCCGUUUCAGUUAGUUAACCCUGAGAUGAGGGAAACUUUUCGGUUUCACAAAGCCAGUUCAGCUUAACUCUGAGUCAGUUACCCUGGCAACAUACUCUGCCACGGCACGGCACGACACGGUUUAGGUUGCAUCUCCACUACACGUCCAUUAUUACACUUGCCUUAAGUCGCCACAUAUCCAACCUCCACAAACGCAUCAAAUCAACCAAAAAACAAUAUUUUAGAGAUGCCCCCCGGGCUAAAUGUUCCUAUCAUUGAUCACAUCAUGAUGAUGUGAAUAUUUCUGAUGCAGCUGGAAACUUCACUGUAGUUUAGAAGUGACUUUUUGAAUCUAAGCUGGAGACAAAAUCUUAAUGUUUGACAGCGUCGAAAUAUAGUCAUGAAAUAGCGUUGAGCAAAAUGUUUUAAUGUAAAAUAGAGUCAAAAAAGUGAGUCUGUUUGAAGAUGGAGUACAUUAUAUAAUAUAAUUAUAUAUUAUAUUAUAGUAAGUAUAAGUGAACUAUGUUUUCUCAGUUUGAUUCAUAUUCUCAGCUUCAGUUUCUCUCUCGUCAGGUUACAGCUGAAUAAAUAUCAUGACUGCAGCAUUUUAAUAUCCAUUAAUGAAAUGAAAGUCUGUUAAAUGAUGAGUGAGUGGAUUACACUGUAUAAAAUGUAAUAGUGUUCAUUUAUUGACAUAAAUGUCAUAAAUGUGUUAAUAUUUCUGCUCAGCCGGAUUAAAAUGGAGGCUGAGCUCUUUGUUUACCCGUUGCCGUGGUGAAUCGUAGUAGCAGAGCUCCAUUGAUGAUGGCUUUUUUCAUUCCCAACACACACGCUUAACUCAGAGUUGAUUGAACUAAUGCUGAACCACAAAACUCAGAGUUGGUCAACCGAGAGUUAAGGUUUUAACUCAGAGUUUGUUGAACCUACUUUCUGAAACGGCCCCUGCUGUUGAUUGUAUGAUAUUUAUUUUGAUGGACGCUCGUCACAUAUUUCAGUGAGAAUGUUUGAUCAGCAGGGGGCGACGCUGUGUCUCGUCAGUGAAAUGGAAGCAUGGCCUCACUCAGCUGUGGAUGAUGUGACCUCAGACAAGUGUUGACCCUGUGACCUCUCCAGUGUCAUGACCUGUAAUUACCUCUCACACACACCUGCGGUGCCUCUGUGAUCUGUACAUUGUAAAAUGACUGUAAAUUAUUGUCCAAAUGAUAAUAAAAGCACAACGGCAGAAUUUGGCAUUUGUUA